GAAAUAUAGAUCAGGCAUUAAAUGUCAUUGAUUCGAGUACACUACAUCGUAAUAUAUAUAGCGAGCUAACAGAACUAACUGGGUUAGUAAGUCUAACUACAAUAACAGAAAGUCUAUUAUCAGAGAAACUGCUAUUCCCAUACACUUCCCAACAAGAUUAAGGUGGGUCAGAAGCUGAAGGAAGCUCGACCACAUUGAUCUUGUCUCGCAGAAGAGGAAAUCUCGACGGGGGGCAAGGCAAUGCCAUGGUGGUCAGAUCAGCCCACUGGUCCUAAGCUGGAACAUUAAUAAAAACAAGCUUUAACGAACAAAGUUCCAGCUCCACGUCCUUCAUCUAUGCACGCAGAACUAGACUGUGAGCCAAAGAAGUGGCUCUUUGAUUGUCAUAAAGUGCUGUACAGCCUGUACUAAUGGAGAAGGGAACACCAAAUUGAGAAACUAAUAUUUGGAUCCUAAGAAUAUCUGAACUAAUUACAUGAUAUGAUUAUAAGAAUCAAGGAUAAGAAGAAUAGAUACAAGUUCAACUCCCUAAGGACAUAGAUGAAUUUAAGCAACAUACAUGAAUCUGAAAAAUAUGUAAACCCAAGUGUUGAAUUCUAUUGUUUCCAACAAAUUCCUCUCUAUUUCAAACAAUUUUGGAAGUAGUGAUGUAUUUUCUCCUAUAGUUCAUACAAAUGAACACUGUCAAUAACUAUCUAAAGAUUGUAUCUGGAGACUAGAGAGCGUUCAAAGGCAUAAAAGGAGCAGUUGAUCUUGUUGUUCCCAUGCAAGAUAGGCUUCAUUACAUGACCAGACCAGGAUAUUGUUCAAAAAAAAAAAGAAUAGAGAUAACUUUGGGUAAACUACAUCAUUGAAGAUGACACGAGCCUUGCAAGAUUGGCAUCCAGAGUAUAAAAUUAUAAUCAUCAAGCUUUUUCGUGUUCGUAUGAGACAAUAUCACUGAAGCAGAGGUCGAAACAGAGGAUUGGGCCUAAGAAAAUUAUUUAGCGGAAGACCUCACAACAGAGAUUUGCGCGCCACUGUGUUUGGCGGUGGAGUUAGUGAUCGCUUCUAUUUGAAGAAAGGCUUGCUAGUUGAUGAAUAUUAUCUUUAUCAUGUGCAUGGCUGUUAAAACUUAAAACUUUAUCCUUGAGAUAAUAAUUAUGCCUAAAGUUAUUCAUAUGGAUUGACGUUUCUUCAUUAUGUUUUAUUGGAUUUCACUUCCGAAGGAGGUUGUUGUUACUGUGGCCAAUCAUUAUCUUUUCUGUAGUUGCAAUACUUUUUCAAGUGACUUAUCUGGUACUAUGGGCUAUUAAGCCAAUGUCAUGGAUACCAGAUGCUUGGUGGACAAAACUGAUUGGGUUUAUGAUAGUUCAAUCUUGGAAUUCUCCUUAUGCAAUUUAUUUCUUGGUUAUACAACUGCUAGUACUUCUUGUUGCUUUACUUGAUAUAUAUGGGAAGAGACAUUUUCUGAAUACAUGGCAGGAUUCAUAUUGGAGUCGUUUAAUAUCAAUUGUCGAACAUUUAGGUUCUCAUCUUCGGGUGGCAUCUUGCUUGUUGUUGCCCGCCAUUCAGCUAGUUGUUGGAAUUAGCCAUCCUUCAUGGGCCUCACUGCCUUUUUUCGUUGGUAGCUGUGUUGGUCUUGUGGAUUGGUCUUUAACAAGCAACUUUCUUGGGCUUUUCAGGUGGUGGAGGCUUCUUCAGCUGUAUGCAAGUUUUAAUAUUUUCCUGCUUUACACAUAUCAACUUCCUGUGGAAUAUCCAAGCAUGAUUCAAUGGAUGGCUGAUUUACUUGGUCUUUACAAAAUAUCUGAGAAUACUGAGUGGACCAAAAUUUGUUCCAGCCUUUCUCUCAUACUUUACUAUAUAGUGAUGUCUUUCAUUAAAUCUGAUUUGGAGGAGAUGGAUUUUAUUAUUUCCAGGACAGAUUGUAACUUGACGGAGCAACUUCUUCCCUCUAAGCAUUCGUUUUUCAUCCGUGAAUCAAGAUCUGGCGUGAGGCACACUAAUGUUUUACUCAGAGGAGCUGUUUUUCGAUCCUUCAGUAUCAACUUUUUCACGUAUGGUUUCCCGGUCUCCUUGUUUGCCCUUUCCUUUUGGAGCUUCCAUUUCGCAAGCUUAUGUGCAUUUGGGCUACUGGCUUACGUUGGUUACAUUAUCUAUGCCUUCCCUUCCUUAUUUCGUCUGCACCGACUGAAUGGCCUGCUUCUUGUCUUCAUUCUCUUUUGGGCUGUUAGCACCUAUAUAUUUAAUGUGGCAUUUACAUUUCUGAAUUGGAAACUUGGACGGGACAUGAAAAUCUGGGAGAUGGUGGGUCUGUGGCACUAUCCAAUACCUGGGUUUUUUUUGCUUGCUCAAUUUUGUCUGGGAAUUUUGGUGGCAUUGGGUAAUCUUGUGAACAAUUCUGUUUUCCUCUGCUUGUCUGAUGAGGGUGGACAAACUUUAAAUGACUAUACCUCGGUAAAAGUAGAGGGAGAGACCAAGGUAUUGAUUGUUGCAACAAUAGCAUGGGGACUGCGCAAAUGCUCGCGGGCUAUAAUGUUGGCGUUGAUCUUUCUCAUUGCUAUAAAACCUGGGUUCAUCCAUGCUGUAUAUAUGAUUUUCUUCUUGAUUUAUCUUUUGAGACACAGUAUCAGCAGAAAGUUAAGACAGGCUUUGAUUCUUUUAUGUGAGAUUCAUUUUGCACUGUUGUAUAUUCUUCAAAUUAAUCUGGUUUCUUCUGCACUGGAGAAGAAGGGCUCUGUAAGCAUGGAAAUUGUAAUGCAAUUAGGCUUUCUUGAAGAAGAUAGUGCCUGGGAUUUCUUGGAAGUAGCAUUGCUCGCUUGCUUUUGCACAAUUCAUAACCAUGGUUUUGAGAUGUUAUUUUCAUUUUCUGCAAUCAUACAGCAUGCCCCUAGCCCUCCUAUUGGAUUUAGCAUCUUGAAAGCCGGGCUUAACAAAUCUGUUUUAUUGUCUGUAUAUUCUUCCUCGUCUGUGAGAAACAGUGUUGAGAAUUUCUCUUAUGAAAGAAGAAUAGCAUCAUACCUCAGUGCAAUUGGGCAGAAGUUCCUAUCUAUAUACCGAUCAUGUGGCACCUACAUUGCUUUCUUGACUAUUCUUUUUACAGUAUACAUGGUGAAGCCUAAUUACACAUCAUUCGGUUACAUAUUCCUUCUCCUUCUGUGGAUUAUUGGAAGACAACUUGUUGAGAGAACAAAAAGACAGCUUUGGCUUCCAUUGAAAGUAUAUGCAAUUUCAGUGUUUAUCUUCAUAUACAGCUUGUGCAGCUUCUCAAGCCUUGAGAUGUAUUUGUCCAGAAUGAUGGAUCUCUAUUUUUAUCUCGGAUAUGACUCAAAAGCAUCUUCUUUUGACAAUGUUUGGGAGUCUCUAGCAGUCUUAACUGUUAUGCAACUUUAUAGCUAUGAGAGGAGGCAGAGCAAGCAGAACAGACAAGUUUACUUGGAUAAGUUGGAACCAGGGCCACUUGGGUUCAUCAAGCGAUUGCUUAUCUGGCACAGUCAGAAGAUCUUGUUUAUUGCUUUGUUUUAUGCAUCUUUAUCCCCAGUCAGUACAUUUGGGUUCUUGUAUCUUCUUGGCUUUGUUUUCUGCUCCACAUUACCAAAAAUUUCUAGUAUCCCAUCCAAAUCUUUCUUAGUAUACACAGGUUUUCUGGUGACAGCCGAGUAUCUUUUCCAGAUGUGGGGUGAGCAAGCUAAAAUGUUCCCUGGGCAAAAGUACUCUAAUGUAUCGAUCAUCUUGGGCUUCCGUGUAUACAGCCCUGGAUUUUGGGGUCUAGAAUCAGGAUUGAGGGGGAAAGUGCUGGUUAUUGUGGCUUGUACUCUUCAAUACAAUGUCUUCCGUUGGCUGGAAAGGAUGCCAAAUAUAGUUUUAAGCAAUGAACAGUGGGAAGAACCUUGUCCUUUGUUUGUUUCCACAGAAGAUACAUUUGAUGAUGUUACAAUAUGCAAUGAGGAAAGUAAACCGUCAUGUAGUCCCUUCCCGCCAGCUGCAUUACAAGAAGGGGCAUCUAGCAAGUCAUCGAAAAUUGUAACCUCUGGUUUGCCUCGAGCACAUGUUACUACAUCCGCUAAUACUGGAGGUUCUGACAGUAACAGCAAAAAGUAUUCAUUCGGGUUUAUCUGGGGAAGCAACAAGGAGAGCCACAAGUGGGACAAGAUGCGAAUUGUUUCUUUGAGAAAGGAGCGGUUUGAAACACAGAAAACUGUCUUAAAAAUAUAUAUGAAAUUUUGGAUGGAGAAUAUGUUUAAUCUGUUGGGUCUUGAGAUAAACAUGAUCACUUUACUACUGGCAAGCUUUGCCUUGUUAAAUGCACUAUCCAUACUAUAUAUUGCACUGCUUGCUGCUUGUAUUCUUUUGAAUCGGCAAGUUAUCCGCAAAAUCUGGCCCAUAUUUGUCUUUUUGUUUGCUUCCAUUCUCAUCUUGGAAUAUUUUGUCAUCUGGAAGGAUAUGUCACCUUUGAAUUCCAAUGCUACAAGUGAGAUUCAUUGCCAUGACUGCUGGAAAACUUCAACUUUGCAUUUCCAUUAUUGUGAGAAAUGUUGGCUUGGACUUGUUGUUGAUGAUCCCCGAAUGCUGAUAAGCUACUUUGUGGUAUUCAUGCUGGCUUGUUUCAAACUUCGUGCUGAUCGCCUGUCUAGCUUUUCAGGAUCGUCAACAUACCGUCAGAUUAUGUCUCAACGUAAGAACACAUUUGUUUGGAGAGAUCUAUCGUUUGAAACUAAAAGCAUGUGGACCUUUCUUGAUUAUUUAAGGCUUUACUGCUAUUGCCACCUGUUAGAUCUUGUGCUAAUAUUAAUUUUGAUUACUGGAACACUUGAGUACGAUAUUUUGCAUCUUGGUUAUCUUGCCUUUGCUCUGGUAUUCUUUCGCAUGAGACUUGAAAUACUGAAAAAGAAGAACAAAAUAUUCAAGUUCUUGCGUGUAUACAAUUUUGUUGUUAUUAUACUUUCUCUUGCCUAUCAGUCUCCUUUUGUUGGGGGGCCAAGUGCUGGAAAGUGUGACACAGCAAAUUCCAUCUAUGAGAUGAUUGGUUUUUAUAAAUAUGAUUAUGGUUUUCGGAUUACUGCAAGAUCUGCAAUUGUCGAGAUUAUCAUUUUUGUGCUGGUAUCACUUCAGUCAUACAUGUUUUCCUCUCAAGAGUUUGAUUAUGUGUGUCGGUACCUGGAAGCAGAGCAAAUUGGUGCAAUUGUGCGUGAGCAAGAGAAAAAGGCUGCAUGGAAAACUGAGCAAUUACAACAAAUUCGUGAAAGUGAGGAGAAAAAACGACAGCGUAAUAUGCAGGUGGAGAAGAUGAAAUCUGAAAUGCUGAACCUGCAAAUACAGCUCCAUGAUAUUAACACAUCCACUAAUUGUAUUGAUGGAUUUUCUCACAGCAGUGAGGGUUUAAGAAGGAGAAGGAGUGCUUCUCUUAUAUCAAAUAAUGACAUUGGAAUCCCUGAUAAAGAAGACCUGGUUUUGGGGAGACUAGAUUCCGAAAUAAGACAGGAUGCUGUUUUCCCAACUGAAUCACAUGAAUCAUCUGCUUGCAUGGAUGUGGAAACUCCAUUAACAGAGGAGUAUGUAAAGCAUUCAGUUGAUUCUCCUCUAUGUGAAAUUACUGAAAUAGACAUUGAUACUCCUUCUAGUGAUUCAGGAAAAAAGGGAAAAGUUAAAGGGCAAGCAAAAGAAAACCCGUUGAAAUCUGCUGUACAGUUAUUAGGUGAUGGUGUUUCCCAGGUGCAGUCCAUUGGAAAUCAGGCAGUUAAUAACUUAGUGAGCUUUCUGAAUAUUUCACAAGAAGAUUCUGAUUCCAAUGAACACACAAACGCAGAGGAUCAGAUAUAUGACGAGAUGGAAAGUCAGAAACCUCGGCAUAUAUUUUUGGAUCGAGCUUCAUCUUUGCAGUCUGAUAGAAGUUCUGAUGCUGCAAGUCUGCAGUUAGGAAGGAUCUUUCGUUAUAUAUGGUACCAGAUGCGUUCCAACAAUGAUGUAGUAUGUUACUUUUGCUUUGUUCUUGUGUUCUUAUGGAACUUCAGUUUGUUAUCAAUGGUGUAUCUUGGCGCUCUUUAUUUGUAUGCUUUAUGGGUUAAUACAGGCCCGAGUUACAUCUCCUGGGUUAUCAUGUUGAUCUAUACAGAACUUUACAUUUUACUUCAGUAUUUGUAUCAAAUCAUCAUCCAGCAUUGUGGGUUGAGUAUUGAUCCUGGCCUGUUGAGAGAAUUAGGUUUUCCAACACACAAGGUCACGUCUUCAUUUGUUGUCAGUUCAUUGCCUCUUUUUCUUGUCUAUUUAUUUACCCUCAUUCAAAGUUCCAUAACACCCAAGGAUGGUGAAUGGAUGUCUUCUACCGACUUCAAAUUUAAGAGGAAUGAUCUCCACACAAAAGAUAACCCAACUAGUUAUAGCUGGCGAGAUAAAGCAUGGGAUCUGCUAACUCAGAUGACUAACAUGGUAAAACUGGUAGUGAGAAGCUUUUUUAGGUACUGGAAAUCACUCACACAGGGAGCAGAAUCACCUCCUUAUUUUGUUCAGGUGUCUAUGGAUGUCAACUUCUGGCCAGAGGAUGGGAUUCAACCAGAGAGAAUUGAAUCUGGAAUUAAUAAGUUACUCAGAGUUAUCCACAAUGAUAAGUGCAAGGAAAAGAACCCAAGUAUUUGCUCUUUUGCUAGUAGGGUUAACAUUCAAAGCAUUGAAAGAAGUAAAGAGAAUUCGAGUGUUGCCUUAGUGGUUUUCGAGGUUGUGUAUGCCUCACCUGUAACUGAUUGUUCUUUAGCAGAAUGGAAUAAAUCUUUAACUCCAGCAGCUGAUGUUGCCAAGGAAAUUCUCAAAGCUCAGCGUGCAGGUUAUGUAGAAGAAGUGGGAUUCCCUUACCGUAUUCUCUCUGUAAUUGGUGGAGGCAAGAGAGAAGUUGAUCUGUAUGCCUACAUAUUUUGUGCAGAUCUGAUUGUAUUCUUUCUUGUUGCCAUCUUCUACCAGUCUGUCAUAAAAAACAAAAGUGAGUUCCUUGAAGUGUAUCAGCUUGAAGACCAGUUUCCAAAAGAAUAUGUCUUUAUGUUGAUGGCUAUCUUCUUCUUGAUUGUACUUGAUCGUAUAAUAUACCUCUGCUCAUUUGCCACGGGGAAAGUGAUAUUCUAUAUUUUCAACCUCAUUCUCUUCACGUAUUCAGUUACAGAGUAUGAUUGGCAAUUGGAUCCAUCUCGACAGCAUGCAGCUCAGUUUGCUCUCCGUGCCAUAUUUCUUGCGAAAGCAAUUUCCCUAGGAUUGCAAGCUGUACAAAUCCGAUAUGGCAUUCCUAACAAGAGCACAUUGUACCGACAAUUUUUGACUAGUGAAGUUUCACGAAUCAACUACUUAGGAUAUAGACUUUAUCGUGCUCUGCCAUUCCUUUAUGAAUUACGAUGCGUACUUGAUUGGUCGUGCACAACUACAUCCCUCACCAUGUAUGACUGGCUAAAGCUUGAGGACAUAAACGCAAGUUUGUACCUUGUCAAAUGUGAUUCAGUCUUGAAUAGAGCUACACACAAACAGGGGGAGAAGCAAACGAAAAUGACCAAAUGCUGCAACGGGAUUUGCCUGUUUUUUGUACUGAUAUGUGUUAUAUGGGCUCCAAUGCUGAUGUAUAGCAGUGGUAACCCCACAAACAUUGCAAACCCCAUUAAAGAUGCUAGCUUUCAAGUUGAUAUCAAGACAGUGAGUGGAAGGUUGAAUCUGUACCAAACUACUCUGUGUGAAAGGAUCCAGUGGGAUUCACUCACUUCGAAAGUCAAUACUGAUCCCAAUGGCUAUUUAAAUGCAUAUAAUAAGAAUGAUAUACAGUUGAUAUGCUGUCAAGCUGAUGCUAGUACAUUAUGGCUUGUUCCACUUGUUGUUCAGACUAGAUUGGUUCAGUCCCUUGAAUGGUAUACCGACAUGGAAAUUUUUUUCACCUGGGUACUUUCAAGGGACAGACCAAAAGGGAAAGAAGUUGUGAAAUAUGAGAAGGCCAUUGAUCCUCAAUAUCUCCCAAUGCAGUCUGAUGUUCAAAAAGUUCUUAACGGCUCUAUGAACAGUUUUAGGAUUUAUAAUGUUUAUCCGAGAUACUUUCGUGUCACUGGUUCAGGUGACGUUAGACCUUUGGAGGAGGAUGGUGCUGUUAAUGCUGAUCUCAUUUUAAAUCGUGAGCAGUUUGAGUGGUGGGCCUUUAAAGAUGUCAAUCCACCAAAUAUAAGUAAAUUUUGUGGAGGUUUGACAGGACCUAUGGCAAUCAUAAUAUCUGAGGAAACACCACCACAGGGUAUUCUUGGUGACACACUCAGCAAGUUCAGCAUAUGGGGGCUUUACAUAACCUUUGUUCUAGCUGUUGGACGCUUCAUCAGACUCCAGUGUUCUGACUUAAGGAUGAGAAUUCCCUUCGAGAACCUACCUUCCUGUGAUAGGUUAAUAGCCAUUUGCGAGGAUAUAUAUAACGCAAGAGCUGAAGGUGAGCUUGGAGUUGAAGAGGUCCUUUACUGGACACUGGUGAAGAUAUAUCGGUCCCCGCACAUGCUGCUUGAGUACACCAAACCUGAUUAAAACAUUAAGGGUUGAGCACCAUCUUCUGGUCAUAAAUGUUAACUAAAGCUAACAUAUUGUUGAGUGCCAUGCAAAUAGAACGAGGUCAGACGGGGCAGUACGAUGCAGGUGGAUACCGCAUAAGAUUAUAACUUUGCAAAGUGUUUGGUGCGGUAUUCAGUAUGGAUUAUAAACCAUUUCUCUGGCAAGGCUGGCAUCGUGAUACAUGAUUAUGUAAACUAUACAUGCAUGAUAGAAAGUUUGUAGUAAUUAUUUUAGGGAAAAUCAUGUGUACAAUAAAUGUAAUCCAUAUUCAAUACCAGAGUUAUAGUGAAUCAAAUGAGCAAAUAUCAAUGUAUAGUUGUUAACCAGGAAUAACAAUUUUCUCCUACCAUUUCUCUCA